UGGACGGGGAGGGGAGGGGCGGGGGGGCAGAGCGCUAUUAGCCGAGCGCUGCAGACAUCGUUAGGAGGGGAGACGCUUUCCACCGCCAGCGCCGGAGCAGAGCCGGGGAGCCCUGGCAACAAGCGGAGACACCGACUCAGCAGCCCGUGACGCCGUACAGGAAUGGUGACAGCCCCUGCAGACAGACAGACGUGGACAGACGGCGCCUCCCUCCCGUCGCUGGACAGAUCCGCGACUCCAGCCGGCUUUUGGCUCCACUCUGAGCGGCAGGCGCCUCCUACUCAACCUAAGUAGCGGUCCCUCCUCGGCCCAGGGAGAGCCGAGUCCGCCAGUCGGCCAGCUGCAUUCUGGGACAGUCUGGGGCCCUGGACAGUAACCGCUGACCCGCCAGAGGGGAGGGCCUGGACAAGUUGUGUUGAAUGAGGAUUGUGCUGCAUGUGGGCAGGUUUGCUUCUCCGGGGAAAUGAUUCCGCAUGAAGUGCAGCGCACUCGGCCCCCCGUCUUCCUCGGCGGCCGCAGCAGGUGUGACGUCGCGACGCUCUUCCCCACGACACUGAGCUCACUCCUGAGACGCUAAAGACCCAACAGACCCGGAGCCAACAGAACACCCCGCCACUCCCCUCCGACCGCCCUCCGCAUCGCCAUCGCUCUUCAGCACCUCCGCACCUAUCAUUUAAAGAACCAAGAGAUUUACGUGCCGAACUGGACAGAAAGGGAACGAGAGACGGGCCUGGAGGUUGGUUUAUAGCCAGUAAGGACAGAACAUCAGAAGGAUAAAGGGAAGUGAAGUAGAAAGUAAGAGAGGGGGAAACAGAAGAAGCUAUAGAAGGUGAACGUUAAGGGAUAAAGCAAGUGUAGGGUGAAAUCAUUAUGAAGUCCAACCAGGAGCGCAGUAAUGAAUGUCUGCCCCCGAAGAAGAGGGAGCUCCCCUCCUGCACCUUGGCCUCCGAGGACCGCUCCCCCACCGUGGCUCCCGCCAGCGACAGCCAGCGCUCAGAGAACAUGGCCUGGCUCGCCAGCGUGGCCAGUGGCCACGAGGCCGGCGUGGGCGGGCACCGCAGCUCCUCGCAGCCCGACGGGCCCCAGUACAAGUCCAACUCCUCGGCGUCGGACUCUUCGUCCUCCUCCUCCUCCUCCCUGAGGCUCGUCUCCUCGCUCCCCGCGUUCUAUACGUCCCCCCUGUCACAACCCACCGUUGGAGGAACUGUCCAUUACGCCCAACUGCCUCCCAACCUGCAGUUCAUCUCCUCACCCGGCGCGCCGUACGCGGGCUACAUCUCCCCUCAGCUGCUCCCCCCUCCGCCUCCCCCCCCUCCCCUCUCUGCCUCCUCCACCCAGAGGCCCGCUCACACAGACACAGCCUCUCAUACUCACUCACAGACCUCUAAACACGACCAGCACCGAGCGUCCUCUGGGUGGACCUCCAUGCCCCCGCCCGCCACAGACCACACCCCUCACCACAGUCAAAUACCCACCUCCCCGCGGACGGUGCCAUCGCCUCAUCACCAGUCACUGCAUCCCCACCACGCGCUGGGACACGGCAUGUCCAAUGUGGUGGUGCAGUACACCGAUGGGCCUAACAGGAAAGAGGAAGGGGUCCCCAGGCCUAGAGAGCUCCACAAUGGCGAGCUGGAAAGGGGCCGGCGGUUUGGGCCGUCCCCGGAGUCCAGUCUCUACAAGUCGGGGAGCAAAUCACGGGAGCCGUCGUCCUCCGGCGAGGCCCGCCAGCUGGCUCUGCCGUCGGACUACCCCGGCCACGACCUCUUGGGGCUGCGGACCUCUGUCAUGCUAAUGCCCAACAGCCACGGGGACCACCAGCUGGCCCCGCCCAGGGGCAGCCCCGACAAGCACGCGGAGAAGGGCGGCAUCGUCCUGGGCAAACCCGUCAGCCGCUCGCUCUCCUCCGCCAACAGCACCUCCUCCUUCACGUUCCCGCCCCCAUUGAGCGUCGACAGCCUCAAGGCGGUGAGCGCGCUGCCGCCGCCCACCGUCAUCCACACCACACACAACGCCACCGAGUCGCUGUCCAUGGGGCUGCCCUCCACCAGUAUUUACCCCCAGCCGCCCAUCAUCGGAUACUACGCAGGCGGCAGUGGGAGCCCGCACACGCCCCUCAGCUUCCACGCCGGCCUGCCACAGCACUUACUCAUUCCUGGUCCCCAGCCGGUCAUCAUCCCCGUCAGCGGAGGCGGCGUCACGGCUUUGGAACCUGUGACCUCCCACGCGACGUCGUCCACCCAGGCCACGCCUUUCCCUACUACACUCCCGCACACGUACAUCGCCGCCGCGGCUCCCAAGGGAGACGCCCUGGACGCCCACGGCGGCUCCUACCACCACCACGCCGGCGCCGUGGUCCACGCCCAGCUCCACCUCCCCGUCGUCCCCGUGUCGCCCGGCCUGGUCGCCCCCCCCGCCCCCCCCAGCGCCGCGGCGCCCCCCGCGCUGCCGCCGUACUUCAUCAAGGGCUCCAUCAUCCAGCUGGCCAACGGCGAGCUGAAGCGCGUGGAGGACCUGAAGACGGAGGACUUCAUCCAGAGCGCCGAGAUCAGCAGCGAGCUGAAGAUCGACUCGUCCACUGUGGAGCGCAUCGACGCCAGCCACACCUCGGCCAACUUCGCCGUGGUUCAGUUCUCUGUGGGGGAGCACCGUGCACAGGUGAGUGUGGAGGUCUUGGUGGAGUAUCCCUUCUUUGUCUUUGGUCAAGGCUGGUCUUCAUGUUGCCCAGACCGGACCACGCAGCUUCUGGAGCUGCCUUGCACUAAGCUUUCCGUGGGCGACGUUUGUAUUUCACUCACCCUCAAGAACCUGAAGAAUGGCUCUCUGAAAAAGACUCAGCCCCUGGAGCUGGCCAGCCCUGCCUCCGUCUCAGCCCCCAGCGACGCGCACAUCAAAGCCCCCAGAGCCGUCUCAGACACCCCCCCGAGCUGCAGCGGGGGAGGCACCCGGCACGGUGAGCGGGAGAACGGCAUCAGCCAGCGGGGGAGCGGCGGAGGCGGCAACGGCAGGGGAGCGGCCGCCGGCGUGGAGAACGGGGAUCUAAUGAUUGGGGACAAAGGGCCUGUUUCCAAAGGUCAGGUUGCCGGGGGCGCCGAAGCCGGCUCCAGGAGGCCGUCGGGAGGGAGGAAGCGGAGGUGGUCGGCCCCGGAAGGCCGCAAGGUAGAAAAGUCAGAGGAGGAGCCGCCGUUGGCCCUGCCCAAACCUUCCUUCAUCCCCCAUGAGGUGAAAGUCAGCAUCGAGGGCAGGUCCAAUAUCGGGAAGUAAAGCCGCGCGGGACUGUUAAUAACCCCUGUUUUUGGAAAACAACAACAAAACAAAAGAAUCCUACAAAACACACGAAUGCCCACGUUGAUGUUUCAUUGUCUUGGUUUCAAAGUUUAGUUUUCUGUUUUUAUUUUUCUAUCUUUAAUACUGUACUGUAGAGGUAAAAACUACCCUACAUGGUAUCACCUUACAUUUAGUCUGUGUAGUUUAUAAUGCAUUUUUAUAGAUGGGUUUGAUAUCACACAAGCGAUUGGUGCCGUUUUGGUGGCUUUUAUGGGACGAGCUGAGGUGAAUGGUUUGAAGUUCCAGAGCUGUGUGGCACAACGGCAGCGCUUGAUGACUCAGCACGGCCGGCUGCACUUUACACAUGAUGUAAACCCAAAUUCAUAUAAAUCCAAUUCUGCUGUGGAUAGUUUGACCCGUCCGCUGCUAGCGAGGCAGCGCUGACAUCAGCUGAUCCUGAACGUCAAAUCUUUCGUCUCCAUGUGUCGGACCCGUGCGGUUACGUCAUCAAGUAGCGCCAGUGUGCCGCACAACAGAGGGGGAUUGACACUUCUGCUCAGUGUGAUGACAGUGGAGAUUUCAUCUUCAGCAUUUUUUUUAGUCUUCUAUCUCAGCAGGUAGUUGUUUUCUAUGAUUGUCAAAAACCUUAAUCAGGGGUCAUUUAAGCGUAGAUCUAACCUAAGUUGGUCGAUGUUGAUGUGUAACUGUGCGAUACCCUAACCUGAUACAUGCAAGUGCAAACACACUGGGUUGGUAAACUUCACUUUGAGAAAACAGUAAGAGUCUGACUACAAUCAAUUAUUAUUAUUAUUUUCUAUAUCCAGAAAGGCUGUGAGAGGAAGUGAGAGUCUGCACGUCAGUUCCCGAGAGGGUCAGGAUGUUUCCAAGCACUUAACACACCUGUCACACUCACUUUACAGCCGACAAGUUGUUGUUGUCUCUUCAUUUACACAGUACUGUAUGUUUUUAGAUUUUUAUUUUAAAAGAAAAGGGUAGAGAGGUGCAGCGGCACGACAGCCGGUUAUGUGGAAGCGAAUGUGCCAUGAGAUCAUAAAGCAAAUAAAGACAGAGAAAUUGGACGGGGGGGGGGGGCAGCCGUGUGCUUUUACAGCAAGCCACAUUUAGGUGAGAGAGAGUAUUAGAAUGUGUGAUGAAACGGAUUCAUGAGUUGAGGGCUCUGAAACGUCCGAGUGAUGCUCUGUACUAGUCACGCCACAGAACUUUGAAAUAUCAUAUAUUUGUAUUGUGUGUGGGUGUGUGUGUGUGUGUGCGUGACUGAGUGUGUCUCUGUCCAUACAUAAACACACGCAUACACAAUCGACUACAACAAGCUCUGUGGUGUGUCUGUACAGUAAGUGUACGAGCUGGAGUGUGGUUGUAUGAAAAGAGCAUCCUCAGACAUGUAGACGGAGCUAAACGUCCAGUGUUCCCACUUGGAGUCUGUACUUAGGAGAAUCUUGCGUUUUGCACAUCGGGAGGAGGGAGUCAGGUUGUUGAUGGUCCUGUCCUGAAACGAGCCCUGGACCGUGCACAGUGACACACUGGAGGAGACCAGGGCUGCUGCUGCUUCAGCUGGCGCAGACCAGAGAUCAGUGAAAAAGGUUCCCACAUCACCACAGUUUAGGCCCGACUACAUUGGAGCUUUUACUAACCAACGUGUGGCCUGCUGAAUGUGUUUGGAUACGAAGCAUCCCUCUGGUGGAACCGUGGAGUAAGGGCCUAGUUUGGAUUGAUGACAUGUAGCAGUUACCUCAACAGAUGUGCUCGCUGGGACGACCCCAGGCUUUGAGCUCUGUCAGAGUCUGAGACUUCUGUAGUGUAACGUGGCGCAGCCUGUAAAUGUGGAGUAGAUGUUGACUUCCUGCAGUCGCACCUUUGGAUUAUUCUACACAGCCUCUGGGUUUUUGAAGAGAUUUUUGGUUGGCAGUGUCACUAGUUGCUGUGACAACAGUUGUAUUUCACUGUAGGAAACGAAGCAGAGAGUUGAGGCUGCGUGGGGUCAACGAUGUUUUAGGUGACAGUUUACCAGGGUGAUGGGAGGAUGGAUGUGAUAGUAUGUGGUGAAUAAACAGGAAGAUGGAUGGUGAGGAUGAGUGGACCCUCUGUGAUAGAGAGAAAGAAAACAGGGUUUCUCAGAUCAACACCACAGUAGUUUUAGCAUUUUUUCCUUUUCCUACUGAAACAUCAUGAUCAUUACUUGUAAAAACAGUAUGUGUGUGUGUGAGUGGGUGCCAGGGUGUGUUUUGCAACCUGUGUAUGUUUUGUGGCUGUGUUUGUGUAAUUAUUAUUUUUUUUCUAUUUAUGUUCGAUCCUCGUUCCCAACAAAGGGGGAAAAAUGUCAAAUGUCACACAAAACAAUUUCAGCCAAAGCGAAGUAAAGCUGCGGUUGCUUUGGCUGCUUUAGAAAAGCAAUAGUAAGUCAACGUUCAGGCACCCUCCUCUCUGCAAUAAACAUUUAAUAAUAAUCCUCUAGCGUUGAAACCAAAACGUCAUCUUUCUGCCCACAAACAAACAUAUAAGACCAUUGUUUUUAGAAUCUAACCACUAGUCUAAUUGACAUUACUCCGCCAUCAUUAAUCCCAUGUUAAAUCUUUAGGAACUGCAGUUGCAGCACCAGUUGCUAGUCUUCAGGGAACUGACUCAUAUAUGCAGAAACUCAACAGAACCCCCAGAACCUCCUCUGUCCCGCUCGGUCCAGAGCCAUGAACCCGGUUGUGAAUCUGCAGGUGUGUCGCGUUGCCACGACUCCCGUAGUGACCUCGUUAACCUCGUUUCAGGUACCCAAUCAUAGCCAGCCAGCCUCACAAGCGCCUCCUCCCAAGGCAAAGCAAUCGAUUAACCCUCAACAACCGUUCGCUACCUUCUCCGCGAGGCCCGGCCUGGAGAUGCCGGGCCGGGCCGGGCCUGGACUUCCUGUCCCCCUCAUAAGGUCAUGUUUUGAUAGUCUGUCACCUUUUCACUACUCCCUUAUGUAGGUUGUUGUGUUUCUACUUGCAUGCGUGAUACUAGACUCUGAAACAAAGCAAUCUGUCAUGUAGGCACAUCCAGAGAGCAGGAGAGGAAACAGCACCUUAUAGCAAAACAAUCCUAAGUUUAACCCUUUGAUCCGCUUGUACCACAAUGUGCAAUACUCACAUUUAACCCCCCCUUUUCCCAUUUAUUGUGCCAAGUGUGUGUAGCAUACAGUAGUCCUACUGUUUUACUUUCUGUACCUGUGUGUUACACCUGUAAAACAGUGGGUGUUUGUGGAGAGAAUCAGAACCAACGAAGAGUUUGUCCAAACCUCUAGCACCCUUUUGUCCGUGUGGCCUUCCUAAAUUUGAGUGAAGAGAAACUCUGUCUUGUCUUGUGGGAGUGGGAGCGUGGGCCUGCACCGCGGGUCCCGUGUGUAGUGUGUGUGGUUAUCCAUACCUGGUGGUGUGUGUGUGUGUGUGUGUGUGUGUGUGUGUGUGUGUGUGUGUGUGUGUGUGUGUGUGUGUGUGUGUGUGUGUGUGUGUGUGUGUGUGUGUGUGUGUGUGUGUGUGUGUGUUUUUCCUUUUUGUCUGUGAGGAUCAUAAACCCUGAUCCAGGGCGGGUCGCGGUGAGACCCACAGAGAAAAGAAACCUCAUUGCUAGUGGGGACCACUUUUUAAAAAAUGAAAUAAAAUUAAAAAAAAAAAAAAAAAAAAAAAAAACAAGUUAAAAAAAAAGAACCAACCAACAGAGAUGCACAUGUAAGUAGAUGUAAAAGACUUGAUAAUGUUUCAGCACUUUCUAAUCCUAGGAUGGGCUUGGUCUGUCCCCUCUGUCUCAGACCGAUACCCUCCCUAGGGGUAACAUUCAUUCAGCAGACAGACAGAAUGAGAAUGAAAAGGGGGGAGUGAAAAAGAGAAGAUGGCUCAGUUUAAGUUUUUGCACAUCACUUUGCCGUAUCCUUGUGUUUGUCUGUCUGUGCUCCAUCUCGCUUGGUGCCCGGCGCGUUAUUGGGUCCAACGGGCCGAGGUGUUAGGUGAUUCCUUGAUUCUUUUCUACUAGGAAAACCUUGUCUCAUGGAAUGCAUCCCUUCUUUUAUUGUGUCAGGGUUUGUUUGGAGUCUUUUCGCCCGGCGCCGACCGGAGCUGCGCCGCUGAGUGGCUCUGGUCAGAGGUUGAGUUUUAUUUUGGCGGGACGGCUCGGCACAGCCCGGCCUGGUCGCGUGGUGUGAAAAUGGUGCGUACAAACCUGUGCUUUGUUUGCGUUCUUCUUGGUGCAGGAGCUUUUUCCGUGUUUUGGUCUCCUUGUAGCACUCAAUAUAAUGUCAGGAGACUUAAAACUGUGUAGAGAAUGUGUCAUUGUUGAGUUUUUAUGACAAGCGUCCUCACUGGAGGAACACUGCUAAUGUCUUUUUUUUUUUUUCUUUUUUUUUUAAUUUGGCUUCUUGCACAACUUGACAAAUAAAAUGAAUGUUGGUGUGUGAGCUUUGACUUUUCAAUCAGAAAAAGGCGUGUGUGCUAUUGUUUCUUGAUGUCUGUACUUUCAUUUUUCAAACAGGAUGUGUUUGUUGAGGCACUUUGUUGUGUUUCAUCAGGAUUCCUCUUCUUCUUCGUUUGUUUUCAUUCUUUUAUGACGUCUCGUCGAUGUCCAUAGCGCUGGAUAACCAACUCAGGCAGAAAGGAAAAACCUUGUAGAGGCCCACUUAACAGUUUAAUGUCAUCCCAAUCAAUUUACACAGUGGGCUGUUUGAAAUGGGUUAUAAAAUAUGUACAUUUAUUACAAAUAAUUUGAUAUGAUUAACAAAUGUCAUUAUUGACAAUAAUGAUUAUUAUAUUAUUAAUGUGUAUUAUGCUGGAGGUGGCUUGGAUUACUCUUCAGUGUACUGAAUGUCUCUAGUCUGCCUCUCUGCAAGGCGACAAACACUUCAGCAGGGGACAGGCUGUACGGUCCGUGACCUCUGACCCUGCCCACUGCCACGGAGGGGGUGGAGCUUCUCUUCGGCUCAGUCGACUCCUCCCUCUGUUCUGAACACUCAGCCCUGAGGCUGGCAACCGGUCUGUCUGGAUGUUUUUCUGCCGACCCGCGACGCCGAGCACUGAACUGAGACUUUGGCCGAUGCGACGGUGGCAGAGGAGCGGACACCAGCACAGACCUGCAUGGACAGUCUGGCCUGCAGGGUGCAGCGGGAGUUCCCAGCCAACUUGUUUGUACUAUAUUGUACUCACCAAGUCCCUGUGUCUCACCAUCCCUUUCCUCUAUAGCAAUGGAGAACCCUUGUUGGUGUAUGUAUUUGACAUCUGUACAAAUGCACCUCUUUGAAAAAGAAAAUGAAACCUUGACAUAUCUGGAA